AUGAAAAGAAGUUUCAAUCUUGGAGAAUUUACCAAAAGUUUUCGAGUUUUCAUUACUCAGCUUUUAGGAAGAAAGACUGGCGCGUUGUACAACAUUAAUAGGAUCCACAUCAAUAAGCUCAAUUCAUGGCUCAACGAAUUGACACCCGACACGGCAUGUUCUGGAAAAGAUAUUGCCGAUAUCAAACUUUGUUUAGAGGAGCUAUUUCAAAGAAUCCAUUUUGAAGAGAUUUAUGAAGACCGAGUUUGCUGGUUUCUUAUUAACCUCAGUUUGAACUCAUUUAUGAGGUGUCAUUUGCCCAAAACCAUGAGAUUGUUCUGGCCCCUAUUGUUGAAGGUUUUUGUGAGGUCUGAGGAUACCAUUGUGUUGCACAAGUUGGUUGACGAUGCAUUGAACAAUACUCCGUCGGUAAGCUGGUUGAGCUCUAGGUUGUUGUGUAUCAUUAUUCGUGAUAACUAUUUGUUAGACACAGUUCGAGAUAUCAUCAACACCAGAGCCAAUAUGGUGAAAUUUAAACAACUUUUGAAUCUCAAUAGAGAUUUUUCAACGCUUAUGAAUAUGAUUGAAUUGCUUUUCCUGUUGAAGUUGGAGCCCGUGUUUUUACCAAACUUGGUUUUCCCUUAUAUUAGGUACAUUGAAUCAGUUAAUCCCAAUUUCGCAAAUCUUAUCCAAUGCUGUGUAAAGACAAGUACACAUACGCAAAACUCAAAACUAUCUGGGUUAAACUGUUAUGUACAGCCAAUAGACAAAGAGGUUCUCGUCUUAUGGGUGCAACAUAAUGAGCGAAGUUACUGUCAUUAUAUAAAUUUGAUGGUUUUGGAUUCCUAUGAAAUCUUGCCCAACCCAAACUGCAUAGUAAAGCUUCAUUUUGCAUGUUGCAAUGAGCGCAAAACACGGUCCAGCCAAUACUCAAUGAAUGAAAUUCUAAAGUCUUUCUCACUAGUAACUGCCGAUGGGAAAAGCUUGUCAAAUAUAUGUUUUGAAUUGAAAAUAAAAGAUGUGGUACAUUAUAAUUGGUUGAUCAGUUAUUUAAAGUCCUUAAGGGGCCGAAAAAUUUCUGUUGAUACAGUUAUGCAAAAUGAGAUUAUCGAAUCCAAAGUAGUAGUAGCUCUGUUGAAAAAUGGUGAUAUCGUUCAAGACAAAGUGUCAGUCAAGGAUACUAGAGAGAACUCGCAAGAAUUAAGUGAUGAGAAACCAACGUUAAGACUUCAACAACAUUAUAAAAAACGUACUGCUAGAAAAAGAAGAAACUUUCGAUACACAAAACGCAAACAACAUAUCAAGUCACAAAGCUUUGAUAAUAGUGUUUUGGAUAAUUGGAAAAAAGACAACUCAGUUUCUCGAAUUGAUACAAAUCGACUCAAAAAGAAUAAUAUUUUGCCAACUUUUGAAGACUCCCAAGUGAUCAAGGCGCCGAAACAACGGUUAUCUAGAGCCAUUGAUACUCAAAUGUUAAGCAUGCAAGAAAUUCCACAAUCACAAGAUUUCCGAACGUCUACUCCAGUUGGUGCUGAUUUUACUGAAUACCCAACAACAACAACGGAUAAAACUUCCCUAAUGGUGGAAGAAUCUGCAACAUCCAAGUCUUUAUAUUCCAGUGAACCGAUAAAUGUCAUAAACGAGAGUCUCAGAUUGUUUUCUUCCAAUGUGUUAAACAAAUUGAAAAUGGUUGAGUUUACAAUGCUUCAAAAAAGAAAUGAAUUGCAAAGUGAAGUGGAGAGAGAGUUUAAACAGAUUGAAACUAAACAGAGAGCUAAAUUGAAAGAGAUCCAAGAGUAUUGUAAUGAUCAAUUAAAUAAGAUACUUUGA